AUGAGUUUAGAGUCCUUGUUUCAGCACAUCAUCUUCGCGGAGCACCAGGCUGAGCAGAGCCGGAGGGUGUUGCGGAAAGUAAGGUCCGAAAUAACCAGAUGCCGUGAAAAAAUUAAGAAAGCAGCAGAAGAGCUGAACGAAGAGAAAAUCAAAUUGGAAUCUAAGGUUCAACAAUAUUCUGAAAAAUCUUUCCUGUUACAACUUUUGAAAAUUCAUAAAAAUGCCUUAGAAAGACAAUGCAGUGAAGCUACACACCAAAGGAAUAUGUUGCUCCAAAACUUUGAGAGUACAAAGAAAAAAAUGAUAGAAGAGGAAGAAAACUUUAUUAAGGAAAUUGCAUACUUUAAUAAUGAGUUUGAAAUAACAAAGAAAAGAGAGAUUUUGAUGAAAGAAAAUGUCAAGAUUGAAAUAUUUGACUUAGAAAACCAGGCAAAAAUUUUGAAAAAAGAAAUAGAGUCAAUGGAACAUGACAGUGGCCAAUUAAAUGAUCUUCAAAAACAAAAGAAUGAAUUGAUAGAAAAAUUACUUACUCUCCAAAGAGAACUCAAAGCUCUUAAGGAUGAAGAAAAAGAAGCAAUUGUUACAACCAAAUAUUUAGAGGCAGAAAGAAUAAAAAUCAUUGAAAAACCUCAAAAUGAUGCUGAAUGCUUAAGACUUAAGAAAGAAUUAGAGCUUUAUAAAGAAGAUGAUAUGGAAAGUGUUUAUGAAACUCUCCAAACAGAAAUACAAUAUUUGGAGAUGAUAUUGGCACAGAAAGAUCUUCAGAAAAAUAGCUUUUCAAAAAUUAACGAUCCCUCUGAGACUUGAUCAAAGCAUCUUAGAGUGAAAGUGUGAUGGAUAUAUGAAUGAUACCCAUUACAACAGAUUCUGGUGGAAAACUAAGGUUCAGAACAGUCAGAGUUUUUGAAAUCUACAAAUAGUUUACUGGCAUAUAAUAAUAAUAAUUUUUUGUUUUGAUGCUCAAUAUAACUCUAAAAGUUUUGUGUGGUAUGAUUUUGUUUCUAAAUGGAGAGAAAGAAGAAUGAGAUAUUGUUUUCCCAGACUUAUAUUCCCCUGACUCUUAAGCUGUUCUAUUCUUUCUUAUCUAUAUUUUUCAUUCUUUAUUGUAGCUUACCUCAAGCUUAGACAAACACACCUACAAAUAAGUGCUCAGAUUAUUGACUCAUUUAUUUGUUGCCAUUUUCACCUUCAAAGGUACUUACUUCAUUUUAAUCCUUCUCCAGUCAUAAGAUAUUUGUUGACAGAGGUCCUCUGAGGCCUUUCAUCUGUAAAAGCCAAUUUUCUCCAUUUUCUCUGUGUGUCUUUGGAGUUUAAGUCUAGGGCAUCUGCAGCUGUUUUCUAGCAAUUUGUGCCUGACAGUUUUCUUCCUAAUACUAGUACUGGUUAGAGUGAAAAUAAGUUAUCUACCAGGAGAGGAACAUAAUCUUCUUAUGGGCAUCAAGAUUCAUUUUUGCAUGUGGCGUGAAAAACUGCACUUGAAAACUAUACUUAUGGUUAGUUCAAACUUAGCAUUGCCACUAAAUUUUAACCAUCACUUCUUUUUCCCUGUUAGUACUCCUUACUAGUUAGAUAGGAAGGUAUAUUUUAUCUAACACCUAAUUGUACUGAAACUGUUUAACAAGACUCUGUUAAGCAGAACAACAUUUAUGUAUUUUAAAAUACCAAAUGUUGAUGUAAGAAUCCUGAUUUUGUAACUGGGAUUUCAGUAGUUAAAUGUCAAAUAUGAAAUGUUCGCAGCUAACUUAGAUUCACUAAUGUUAAGAUAGAACUUUUAGUUCUAGUUUUAGAGAAGUCUUACUUCGCCACAGCUUUUUAUAAACAUGCUGUUUUACAUCCUUAGUUUUGAAAAAUUAAGCAAACUUAAAACUCUCUUUUUGGAUGUGUAGCUAUUGCCAUCUGUUUAGGAAAUUUGUGUUUUCAGACGUGACUAUUUUUAUUUUUAAAUAUUUAAAUUAAUAAAUUGAUUUUGCUUCAGAAGAAAAAAAGUCUUGCAAUGAAUUGCAGUGUAUUUUUUUUACACAAAAAUGGAGUGGAAAGUGGUUGUUGAAAUUAGUUCUGACUUUAAUUCUCUGUUAUUUGAGUC